AUGAGUGCACGAACCGAGAUGAGAGGAGAAGCAGUGGCUAGUGAACUUCGGAUCCAAUAUCCCCAUGCUGAUAUCCAAGUCUGGACUUUGGAGAUGGAGGCAUAUGACUCCGUCAUUGCUUUCGCUGAACGUGCGGUAGUUGAAUUGGAUCGUCUCGACAUGGUUAUUCUAAACGCUGGAACCUUUGAAUCAGAUGCCUCGGUUUCGCCCUAUACAGGAACCGAAAAGAUGUUUCAGGUCAAUUGUCUCUCCACGGCCCUCCUAGCCAGACUUUUCGUCCCCGUGCUCAAGGUAGUUUCUCCAAAAGGGGAAACAUCACGGUUAACAAUCGUCAUUGCUGGGCGUUACAACCCCCAAUGGUACAAAUCUAAGCCGACAGCAUAUGAUGAUAUGUAUCGUGCCGACUUACUGAAAAAGUCAAAUUUCUUCCGCCGCCGUUCCCUGAGGGAGCGAUUUCUCAAAACCAAGAUGUUGCUGCAGCCGUACCUGUCUGCGCUGGCCGCUGUCGUCAACCCCGAGGAAGUAACCACUAAUCUCGUAACCCACGACCUCGUCAGAGACACUCAACUCGCCGACAAGAUGAUGCGCGCGACAUGGUUUCGUGGAUCGGUCAAGGGUGUAUAUGCACUCGUUGGUAGAACUCUGGAGAAAGGCGCAGCAUCCUACAUUGAUGCAGUAGCUGUAAAGGGUAGAGAAUCCCACGGCAGAAUCAUUCUCGACUGCCGCAUGUUGGAUCGCUGUAAGCCCGUAAUACAGCAAACGUUGAAUCUUCGGUCUAUAGCCGAGCUCGAGUUCCGCUUUCUCUUUACAGGUAAGGAGACUCUAGGAGCCAAAAUCUAUAAUGCUGGUCCGGAUAAAAUACUGCAUAAUCGCCUAAGUAGACGAUCUCAUACGUGA